UGCGGCAGUCACCGAUUGGCUUCAUAAAGCAGGGGGGAAAGCUCGCCGACUCCCCCGUUCCAAUUUACACCACCCCCCACCGCGUGGUUUCAGAAGUUCCAAGCGCUCCAAGCCUUCUCGACUCUUCUCCCAACGCAUUACUGCCCGUCUUUGUCCGGCUACCCCACAACACUCAGUCUCUCAUAUCCUACCCCACAACACUCAGUCUCUCAUAUACACAACCAUGAAGCUCCUCUCCGCAAUCCUUCCCGUCGUUGCCCUCGUCGCCGCCACUGGCCAAGUUGAGGCGAGGAACUGCCGGAAAGGAUUAGUAUACUGCGGCUCCACCUUGAGGAGCAUUGCUACCGGAACAAACUACGACCCGGUGAUGGCUGCGACUGGCCACGCGGAUAACAACGACUUGUUUGACUGCACGGACGACGAUGGCAACAUUCGCUGGGUCACUUACUGCUACAACGGAUGUGUGGACUCCGGGAGGGAGACCAACGAUUACUGCCGUCCAUAAAUCACUUGGUUACUCGAUACUUAGGUCAUGUGAUAGAGCAGAGUAGAAUCUACUACUAGCAACGUUAAUAGAAACAUCAAAUAUGCGAAA